CGUCGUCCCGAGGAGGUGCGGGCUUGCCACGUCGGUCUCUGUGAAAUGCAUUUACACAGUCGCUCCUCGCAGCUUUGGGCUUAACUUUUUGAAAAAGACUCCUUUUUCAUUCCGACACCGAGUGACCGGGGACCGCACCAACUUGUCCGGAGCCACGGUAGCUCAUCGCCACGGUGCUGCGUUGGGUCUUAUUGGAGUAUUAUUAUUAUAUUAAAAAAAAAAAAAAAUAAAAAAAAAAGGAGUCGGUGGAAUGCUCGGUUCCGUCUGGACUCGUCCGGCUGGAAGCCACACAAGUGACUGAUGCAUCCUCGUUCACUUCAGCCUCCCGCAUGUUGUCGUUGGCCUCAGCGUAUAUGGUCGCUCAUUAAGGAGCAAGGGAGGUGUCCCAGCGUCCGGGGUUGCCACGGUAACCGGCGACCAUGCCAGGGGGUCGCAGGGGUCCCAGCAGACAGCAGUUGAGCCGCUCUGCCCUGCCCUCCCUGCAAACUCUUGUUGGAGGCAACCUGGGCAAUGGUACAGGCCUCAGGAACAGGCUUCUGUUCGGAGAUAUUUGGAGGAAAUGUGGUGCAGGGUCCAGGCAGGCAGGGAAAUGGAUCCAAAGCAAGAGUUCAAGGGAUGAUCAGGAGGCAGGCAUGAUGCAACCAGUGCACAGAGCUGGGAACAGUGGCUCCUUGGGUCUGUCUGCACCACCUAUCUCGGCCGUAAUAAGACCAGAGCCCGUCCGCCACUCAAAGAUUCCCGUACUGCCAUUGGACAGCAGCCUGCUGUUUGAGUUCCUGCUCUUUGUUUAUCUUCUGGUGGCCUUGUUCGUCCAGUACGUCAACAUCUACAGGACAGUUUGGUGGUACCCAUACAGCCAGCCACCCACCUCUACCUCACUCAGCUUCCAUCUAAUGGACUACCACCUGGCUAUCUUCAUCACAGUCAUGCUGGCCAGGAGGCUUGUUUGGACUACAGUUUCAGAGCUGUCUCUCAGCAGCAGGGAGUCGCUGGUCUGCUAUUUGGUUUUGCUCACAGCAAGAUUGUGUCUGCUCACCAUGUGUUGUUGGGUGCUCUGCUGGACGCUGGUCAACCUUUGCAAGAACCACUCUGUUCUCAACCUUCUCUUCUUGGGAUACCCGUUUGGCGUGUAUGUCCCGCUCUGCUGUUUCCACCAGGAAGGACCCAAGAGCCAAAUGUCAACGGGCGACUACGAUUACUCGGCCGACCACCAGCAAACGGACCUAACGGACGCCGCCUUUUUUCGACCCCGGGAUUUCCUCCUCUUGUUAAGAGAGAACCUCAGAGAACAGUUUUCCGCACCGCAGCACAUGCCCACGCACACCUGCCCGCCCCACACGCACACUCACACGCCUGAGCUGAUUCGAUCAGAGGUGGAGGAGCUGAAGAGCGAUUUUAAUCGACGGAUUAAGGAAGUGCUGUUCAACUCGCUGUUCAGUGCUUAUUAUGUUGCCUUCUUGCCUCUAUGUUUUGUGAGGAGCACCCAAUACUAUGACAUGCGCUGGUCAUGUGAGCAUCUGAUCAUGGUGUGGAUCAAUGCCUUUGUAAUGCUGAUGAGCCAGCUGCUGCCCCCAAACUACUGCGACCUGCUUCAUCGCUCGGCGUCCCACCUGGGCCGAUGGCAGAAGCUGGAGCACGGCUCAUACAGUAAUACACCUCAGCAUGUAUGGUCAGAACACACUGUUUGGCCUCAAGGUGUGUUAGUACGACACAGCCGCUGUCUGUAUAAAGCAGUUGGACCUUAUAAUGUUGCUAUGCCAUCGGAUGUUUCACACGCAAGAUUUUAUUUCCUCUUCCACAAGCCAUUGCGGAUCUUGAACCUGCUGAUCUGGAUUGAGACCAGUGUGGUUCUGUAUCAGUUAUACUCUUUGUUCCUCUCCGAGCGCUGGAACCACACUCUCUCUCUGGGCCUUAUUCUCCUCUGCAACUACUAUGUCCUUUUCAAGCUGCUCAGAGACCGCAUAGUGCUGGGCAAAGCCUACUCGUACCCUCUGUCCAGUAGUUUGGGCUUAAAGUCGCAGUAAAGACUGAAAGCUGGAGGUGGGAGACGUACGGUAGAGUUGAAAUUGGGAGACCAGAGGGGGUGUUUGGCGCUCACAAUUGGAGGAUAAAGGGACAGGACUCUGAACUCAUAAUCGUGUUUUGAUACGGUUAUAUUUUUAAUGCAAUGUUUAUAUAAACCUAUUUAAAAGAAUAUUUUAUUUUGUAUACUAUUUCGAGUUUCGCCGGGCAUUACCACGCUGAUGACAUUAGCAUGCUGCGUUGUGUUGUUGCUGGAAGAAGAGGAGGAGAAGUUUCGCCAAAGAUGUCAAAAGUGGCUACGUAGCCACAUAGCCUCACAGGUCAGUUAGCACGUAAACCUUCUGUCCCUGAUUGGUCUGAAAUUCUAACCCUCGAACCACAAACUUAAUUUCAAGACGAAGAUGCAGCCGUUUUCUCGGGAAAACCUACUGCCGACAAUUAAGACGAGCAAGUCGCUACCCGUCGCACAACAAAUCGUCAAAUAUUGAGCGGCGGACAGCGUAUUCAAACGGUACGGGCAGUUGCUUGGCAACCAGCAGAGACCCUUUCUAUGCCCCCCAAAAAUGGGCUGGCUUGUAACCAUAACAUGCAGAUUAAGGGAUGAUUUUAUUUUAAGUGUCUAAGAUGUUUAAGGAAAGUCCUGGCACUACUGACAGAAAGUUAGGGAUAUUAAGUAUUAAGAGGAAUUUCACGAUGAACCUAAAAUGAACUAUAACCUUUACAGGUGAACUUAAAUUGACCUUCUCUAAACUUUUGAAUGCAAAUGUCAGACCUUUCAUUGUAUCAGUAGCUAUUGCACAACUUGCUGUUUUCUAAAACAGACUGCACACCUAAUCUGGUGGAUUGAGAAUAAAUUGUGACUCCUGGUCUUCAGGAGUGGGGAAACGUUGAAUAAAAGCGGUCGCAAAGAAAUGUGACAGAUGAGAAAGGAGAAAGUGUAAAUAUUUGAGAGGCUGCUGGCAACCAUGGCUUCAUUCGUUGACUGCACUUCUGCAUUUUAGUGACAGAGACUCUCCACACUUUGCUUUUUAGCCACAGCUACACGAGUGGAUGUCCUAGGAAAUGAUCAUGGAGUAAACACGUUCUUCAGAGAACAGCAAGUUGUUUUGUUUGCAUUUAAGGUUAAUCCUGAAAUUUCCCCCAAUAUCCCAAACGUUUUGUGAGUAGUGUAUGUUAAGCUGCCUCAGUUAUGGCAUCCGUUCAAGAUGAUAUGUUUCUUGUCGGCUAGCUGCUCAGUACUUUAUUACUUCUACUCACUGUAUUGACAAAAACUGCUGCAUGCUUUUCCUCAUUUACUUUGCGCUUGUGUUGCGCAUUCAUUUGGGUUUUCGCAAUUGGCAUGUUCUUUUUUUGUCAUCAUAGGCUGUGACCCCGGGGUGUCUUCACCCUGACACGGAACCCUCACAGCUCCAGCCAUGAAUGCUUUAAAGGUACACGGUGCUAUUGCUUUUUCUUCCAACGUUUUGGCAUGAAGUCCUUGCUAUGAUCGAGCUCAGGCAUCGUUUUUAUUCUCCUUAAGUUCAUCCGCCUUCAUCUUUUGACUUGCUGUCCCAAUGGGGCCCAUGUGGGUUAGUAGAGCUUGAUUAAUGUGGCCAACGAGGAUGAAACCUCCCUUUUGCAUUUUGAAUGUCAUUUUCAAAGGGUGUUUAAUGGCACGGGUGCUGAAUGGCGAGUCGCCGUGUUGGAGUCAUCCACACCUGCCUUUCUCAGUACCAGUUCAUGUAUUCUCAGCAGGAGGGGUAACUGGGGUAAUGUGGGCCACUUUUUGAAAAUGACCUGUAUUUCUGAACCAAUUGCAGUGCCGCCUAAAUUGAGACCAGAAUAAGCUAAAGUUAGAUUGAAAUUUCACAAUUUUAUCAACAUAUACCAAAAAGACAUGACAUGACGUUUAACUGAAUUAGUUUUGUACUGAAACUGCAUUACACUGUUGACGAGAGAAAAACAUGAAAAUAUAUCAAACUACACUUUUACCAGGCAAAUAACGAAAGAACACCAAAAGAAAGUCUGCCACCAAUUCUUGAUCCUCCACCAAAGAAGGUUGGUGAUGAUGCAUUUCACAGCUUCUUCUAUCAAUGCAGGAGAGUUGGGCUCCAUUCUUUUGUAAUUUCCAGGCAUGGUAGCUGGUAUUUUAUCUACAGAAGAAAUAUUCGUUGUUGGUAAAGUGGUGUAUGCCAGUGAAUUUAGAUUAAUUUAUGAUCUAAUUUUUAUGGGGCUAAUACAGACCCGGUCCAUUUUCCCCCCAAUCUGGUGGCGCAUAUUACCCUUUUCAUUAUGUCCCAGAAUUUUUUAAAUGUUCCAGAAACUACUAAAUUUGUGCCGCCCUGUUCAGUAUUGUAGCCUGUAUAAUUAUGUAUCGGCCUUCUGGAUGUAUGUACUAUUUAUUGUAAAAAGUAGUCUUUUAUGAACUAGUAUCGAGACUCCUCUUUCUGUACUGUUAUAAAAGGCCGAGAUAGCCUGAGUGAAAAAAAGAUGACUUAAUAAGGUGCGUUUCUUGUACUAGGAGGAGGUCUGUUUUAAAUUUAGUGAUAUAAUCUUAAUUCUCUUUGCCUGCAAUUGAAUGCCAUUGACAUUCCAUGACGCAAACGUGUAUUCUUUGUUGUUGGUUUUUUUGACCGUUUUCGUGACGUUUUUUGGUCUUGUGUUGACAAAUGUUAUGCUAAAAAGGGUGAUAAAGAUGAUAUAUUUAAGUACAGCAAUUAUACAACCCCAAUUCCAAUGAAGUUGGGAUGUUGUGUUAAACAUAAAAACAGAAUACAAUGAUUUGCAAAUCAUGUUCAACCUAGAUUGAAUUGAAUACACUACAAAGACAAGAUAUUUAAUGUUCAAGCUGAUAAACGUUAUUAUUUUUAGCAAAUAAUCAUGAACUUGGCACUUUAUGGCUGCAACACGUUCCAAAAAAGCUGGGACAGGGUCAUGUUUACCACUGUGUUACCUCACCUUUUCUUUUAACAACAUUCAAUAAACGUUUGGGAACUGAGGACACUAAUUGUUGAAGCUUUGUAGGUGGAAUUCUUUCCUGUUCUUGCUUGAUGUACAGCUUCAGCUGUUCAACAGUCCGGGGUCUCUGUUGUCGUAUUUUACGCUUCAUAAUGCGCCGCACAUUUUCAAUGGGAGACAGGUCUGGACUGCAGGCAGGCCAGUCUAGUACCCGCACUCUUAUUACGAAGCCACGCUGUUGUAACACGUGCAGAAUGUGGUUUGGCAUUGUAUUGCCAAAAUAAGCAGGGGCGUCCAUGAAAGAGACGUUGCUUGGAUGGCAGCAUAUGUUUCUCCAAAACCUGUGUGUAACUUUCACCAUUAAUGGUGCCUUCACAGAUGUGUAAGUUACCCAUGCCAUUGGCACUAACACAGCCCCAUACCAUCACAGAUGCUGGCUUUUGAACUUUGCGUCCAUAACAGUCCGGAUGGUUCUUUUCCUCUUUGGCCCGGAGGGCACGAUGUCCACAAUUUUCCAAAACACUUUUCCACUUUGCAUCAGUCCAUCUUAGAUGAGCUCGGGCCCAGAGAAGCCGGCGGCGUUUCUGGGUGUUGUUGAUGAUAAAUGGCUUUUGCUUUGGAUAGUCGAGUUUCAAGUUGCACUUACGGCUGUAGCGCCGAACUGAAUUUGCUGACAUUGGUUUUCGAAAGUGUUCCUGAGCCCAUGUGGUGAUAUCAUUUACACAUUGAUGUCGGUUUUUGAUGCAGCGCCGCCUGAAGGAUCGACGGUCACGGGCAUUCACUGUUGGUUUUCGGCCUUGCCGCUUACAUGCGGUGAUUUCUCCAGAUUCUCUUAACCUUUUGAUGAUAUGAUGGACCGUAGAUGAUGAAAUCCCGAAAUUCCUUGCAAUUGUAUGUUGAGGAACAUUGUCCUUAAACUGUUGGACUAUUUUCUCACGCACUUGUUCACAAAGAGGUGAACCUCGGCCCAUCUUUGCUUGUGAAUGACUGAGCAAAUCAGGGAAGCAAUCAUGGCACCCACCUGUUCCCAAUGAGCCUGUUCACCUGUGGGAUGUUCCAAACAGGUGUUUGAUGAGCAUUCCUCAACUUUCGCAGUCUUUUUUUGCCACCUGUCCCAGCUUUUUUUGGCCAUAAAAUUCUAAGUUAAUGAUUAUUUGCUAAAAACAAUCAAGUUGAUCAGUUUGAACAUUACAUAUCUUGUCUUUGUAGUGUAUUCAAUUAAAUAUAGGUUGAACAUGAUUUGCAAAUCAUUGUAUUCUGCUUUUAUUUAGGUUUACCUCAACGUCCCAACUUCAUUAGAAUUGGGGUCGUAUUACCCAGUGUCCUAUAUUGCCCCAGUUAGCCCUACGCUUCUACAGGUCACUUUGCAUGUUGCCUUUUUUUUUUUUAAGUUGCGCUGUUUAUGCACCUUUCUGCCUUAAGUUGCGCCGUCUGACUUUUGCCUCCUUUUAACACACAUUCAAAUCCACAGACAAAGCAUUUAUUUGGUGGUUCAUUUAAAUGCGUUUGACAUGGCCUGAAUGAUCAUCAAACCGAUGGAAUCUGAUAUAUUCAGUCAGGGGUCAGGAUGAGUGAGGCUCGGGAGGAAGAGGAAUUUGCCUCUUUGUGCCUUGCAGUUUUGCGUUUGCUGUAUGUGUGCAGUUAGCGCAUGUCGACCUGAAUGUAGCGACCAGUGUCACUUGAAAGAAAUUCUCUUAUGACAACACCUGCCCUUAUCUAGUAAACCCUGAUAGGAAAACAGCUUCAGCUUUUGCCGUUUUAUUUUUUUUUCUUCCCACUUAAGUGCUUGCUCUAACAACACAUUCUGCCUGCCUUUGUUGGUUUGCUGAAAGCCCCUGACAAUAAAGUGGAGUUGAGGUUUUGAUAUUUGGAAAGCAUUUUUUAAAACCAAAAAAAAAACAAAAAAUGAGUCUCCUUUUCACUUCCAUUCCCUUGUUUCCUUUAGCAUGAAACAGACGGGGGGUGCGAGUAAAACAGAUGCCGGUGUCGAUGAAAUUUGAGUUUGUUUCGUUCUGUGUAACAUAUCCAGCAUCACAUCUCUGUUGCAGACGUUCAAGGAGCUGGUCCUCAUAUUUCGGCUUUUUACAGUAUUCAUUUCACCCUGAGGAUCUUUUUUUGGUCAUCUGAAAUAAAACAUGGUGUUAAAAUAAACACA